AUGACAUCAAUACUAAAUUCUGUAACUGUUCUCACUUAUUUGAAGUCUUCUGUAAUGAUGACAUUUACUGAUGCCAACAAUGUUCGUAAUGUUUUUGAAGUAAGAACAAAAGAGUUUUGGAAAAUGCGGAACAUUUGCACUCGGAAAUUUACUCAUUGA